CUUACACUCACGCUGCACAGUGAGGACUGUGCUGAGUCCGAGGUAUACUACUAGCAGGCAAAGUAGUUGCACUACGAGAACAAGCACAGCAAUGGCUCUCAGUAGAAUCGGAGUGAUUUUCUUUCUUUUACCGUGCGCUUUUGACUGCAUUCCUCCUCACGACGAAGCAGCCGAAGUGGCCAGGUUUGUAGCACAUAAGUGCGACUGGGCUUCAAUAUCGACGAUCUCUACCCACGACCCAGUGAAAGGGCAGCCUUUUGCCAAUGUGUUUUCUGUAAGCGACGGACCGAAGGCGAAAGGUACCGGAGUGCCAUACAUGUACCUGACAGCUAUGGAGAUCUCUGUGCAAGAUCUACAGGUGAACCCCACAGCCUCUCUUGCGAUGUCACUGGCUCAGACGAAGUACUGCAAGAAGCACAGCUAUGACCCGCAAAGCCCCCUCUGCGCUCACAUCAUCUUGUCAGGCUCAGUAAUGAAGGUGAACGACACAGAAGCCAGUUUUGCAAAGCAAUCCCUGUUCAGUCGGCACCCUGAAAUGGUAGACUGGCCUUCAGAUCAUGGGUGGUUCUUUGCCAAGAUGAAUAUCACUCAAGUUUGGGUCCUGGAUUACUUUGGAGGGAUCAAAACUGUCACACCUGAGCAGUACUUCAGUGCUGAGCCUUUUAGCACCACAACUGACUUUGAAUAAACUUUCAAGAUAUGCUUUGAAAAGAUGAUUAAAGGGGGCAGAAGAACUAGGAUCCAUUAUUCUGGAUGAAUGUGUGCCUUGUAAUACAGUUAUGCACCUUAUAUAUUUUAUUAAUGUAGAAAAUUAUGCAUGUUGUCUUUUGCACAACUAAUCAUCAGCCAGCUAACAAGUAAGUCUGUAAGCAGCAUAGUCAUUUGUACAAAAUAAAUUCAAACAGAAAAGCAUGUUUCAGUGUAUAUAUAUAUAUUAUAU